GCCUCCCAGACACACACACUCACUCUUGUGUAAUGUGAUCAUUAGAUAAUUGAUUUAGGUGCCCCUCCGGUUCAAAUUAUAUGACACAUUUCCUUAUUAGUCCGUUCCAAAAUAAUGACAUAUUUCUACAUUUGAAAAUAAUUUAUCUUUAAACUUUCCCUUUUAUCCAUUUUACCCUUAGUGAGAAGCUUUUAUAACCACACAAAUUGAAAGCCCCACAAAAGUAUUUAUCCUUAAGCUUUUAAAAUCACAAGUUUCGAAAGUCUUUCUUUUUUGUUUAAACUCCGUGCCGAGUCAAACUACGUCACAUAAAUUGAAAUGGAGGUAGUAGACUAAUUUUUUUUUAAUGUUGGAAAAAUUGCAUCCUUAUGUUGGUGGUGAGAAUGUUUAUGAUUGACCAACUGGAGUUUGUUAUGUAGGAUCAUGACUACUAGGUAUUAUUUAGUCUGGAUUGAGAUCUUUACUUUAGUUGUUGGCUUGGUACGUUCUUUUUUUUGGGUAUAACCAUGGUGUUUGGACGAGUUUGUAUGCACUUCGACUAAUUUCACGGGAUACUUGAUUCCUCCUACUAGAACAAAUGAGAAGAAAACACCUAGUGUUUCUGCUGUAUUUGAAUAUGAGACCUCAUGGUUCUCAUCCUUGGUGCCUUCUUGAGAAAAUAGAUGUUCGAUGUUACCCAUAUGCGGAUGCAGGAAAAGAUUUAGUAGUGAGAGUUAUUUAGAAUGGCUUGAAUUAUGUCAUAUAUCUCCUGCUUGUCUGUGUUAGAACUGCCGCAAAUAUCUUGUAGCAGCGUGGUAUUUCUCGUGGUACGUAACCAUAAAUGAUUUUGGUAAAAGCUAAGAAUGUUGUACCGUAACCUGCUCUAAUAGCGGACAAUAUUGAUGAUUUAUGUAAUAGCUAACCAUAGACAGGUAAUGAAGUUGGUUUGUGGCUUAGAGAAUGUUUAAUUGUAUGCUAUAUAUGUGUAGUUGUACUAUACCCGUUUCUUUUGGCCUAGUAGACAGGGGAGUACCACAUGUUAGGUAGGGGGUUCAAUUCUUCAUCCCAACUUUUGAUUCCACUUCAAAUAAAAAAGCUUAUAGUGUAGUGGCAAAAGUGGCUAAAAAUAGAAGAUGGGGCAUUUUUUCGUUAUUUUCUUGAAUGCCGUUAGUAUUCCUGGCUCUACCACUGUUAGUAGAGAUAGGAAUGUGUUAAAAUUUUGACAUACAUGCGUAUCAUUUUUGUAAUUCCGAAAGAGAUUGGGGAGGAAUUUCAAUUAUUUUUAGUUUAGCGUGGUUUGGACAUAGACGGUUUCCAGAAUAUUUGCUAUUUCGAGUGACCUUUACUGGAAGACUCAGUGAUGUUACUCUUGUGUCGAUGGCCUUUAGUUUUAUCUUUUGAAUGGUAAGAUUAACUCUAUUACUUUGAACGCAUGUUAACUCUCAAUGUGAAUCACCAAGAACUUAUGGACUCAGUGAUGUUACUCUUGUGUCGAUGGCCUUUAGUUUUAUCUUUUGAAUGGUAAGGUUAACUCUAUUACUUUGAACGCAUGUUAACUCUCAAUGUGAAUCACCAAGAACUUAUGGAACCCAAAUAAAUUGUGGAUUUCUGUUGUUCCUCAUGUAAAUUUUAUUUGUUUAACUAGAUGUUAUUGGUCCUUUGUAAAAUUUGUGAACAGUAGCAUCUGUUAACAUCUUUUGGCAGAACCGUCAGUGUUACUCUCAACUUGUGGGGGAUACUAAAGCUUCCUCCACCAAGGCCGUACGUCCUCGUACAACUGGCAAAGGAAGAAGCAAAGGAGAAACGAGGCAUCCACUGAAAGAUGGUAGGGUUGAAGCAAGUUCAGCCCAGGAAAAAGGUUCUAGUAUGUCUGACAUCUUCAAAACCUUCAGCACAAGAUUUGUUCGAUUGAAUGGUAUUCUUUUCACUCGCACUAGUUUGGAGACUUUUGGAGAAGUGCAAUCGGUGGUUAAAAAGGAUCUGCUUGAGCUUCUCUCCUCUGGGACUGAUGAGAAGUAUAAUUUUGGUUCUGACACUGCCGACUGUAAACUGGCUUUUGUGAGGCUCGUGGCCAUCCUAAUAUUCACUGUUCAUAACGUGAAUAAGGAAAGCGAAAACCAGUCAUAUGCUGAGAUUUUACAAAGAUCGGUUCUCCUACAGAAUGCAUUUGCUGCUGUGUUUGAGUUCAUGGGUCAUGUAGUUGAAAGAUGUGUCCAAUUAAAUGAUCCCACAACAAGUUUCCUUUUGCCAGGGGUUUUGGUGUUUGUAGAAUGGUUAGCGAGCCGUCAAGAUGUUGCACUUGGCAACGAACCAGAAGAGAAGCAAACCAGGGCUAGAUCAUUUUUCUGGAAGAACUGCAUUGCUUUCUUUAAUAAGCUUUUGUCUAGUGGGUUUAAGUUUGUUGAUGAUGACAAGGAUGAUACAUGCUUCUUCAAUAUGAGCAGGUAUGAUGAAGGAGAGAGCGAUAAUCGUCUUGCAUUACCCGAGGAUUUUGAGCUGAGAGGAUUUAUACCUUUUCUUCCGGCACAACUUAUCCUUGAUUUUUCAAGGAAACAUUCUUUUGGUGGUGAUGGUGGCAUCAAAGAGAAGAAAUCACGUCUCCAGAGGAUAAUAGCAGCAGGAAAGGCUCUUGCUAAUGUGGUCCGUGUUGGAGAAGAGGGAAUAUAUUUUGACGGUAGAGCAAAGAAAUUCAUCAUUGGCAUUGAGCCUCAAGUAUCUGAUGAUUAUGCGCUUAAUUGCUCCAUGGAAGUUCCCAAAUUGAGUGGUAUUGAGUUGGAGAAUUCAGCUGCAGGGCAGUUAACUGUAGGACCUCUGCAGCCAAAGCAGCAAUUGUAUGUGGAAGGUGAGGAAGAAGAUGAGGUAAUUGUUUUUAAGCCAUCGGUGGUAGAAAAGCAUGUGAAUGGAAGUGCUUCAAACAUGAUGACCUCAGAAGGUCAUGAUUCUGGUGUUAGUGCUGCCAGUGUUCCUCCUGGGGUUAGCGUGGCCUCUGUUGGUCUAGGAAAUGAAAUGGGUCCAUUUUCAGCUGCACUUGAUGGAUUGAUCAUGCAGAGUGCAUUACAUGCUAGUGCAAGGCCACCCUCAAGUAUUGCCAAUAACAGUGGCCAAUAUAUGCAGCCUAUUCAACCAAGUACUUCAUUGUGGUCCGUUGAACGAGCUGCUGUUAUGAAUGGACUUGCCAGCUUGAACAUGAUAGGAAAUGGUCCAACUGUAAUAUCUGAGUUGCAAGAUCAAGUAUUUCCACCUGAGCCAUAUUCUGUCCCUUUUCCCCAGUCUGUCAAUUUUGGCAUGACAAAUAAUAUUCGUGUGCAUAUCCCAGAUGCUGCCAUACCAUCUAACUUCAGUUCACUUUCAUCCUCAGUAGUUGGUAUUGAUAGCAUGUCAAUUAAGUCCCCAUCAGUCAUGUCAACAGGCAUAAGGAAAAAUCCAGUUAGCAGACCUAUUAGGCAUCUGGGUCCGCCUCCAGGCUUUGGUUCUGUUCCUUCGAAAGUCCUGGAGGAGUCUUCUUCAGCAAUGACCAUAAAGAAUGAACAUACUACUCUUCCUCCUAUGGAUGACUAUAGCUGGCUGGAUGGAUAUCAGUUGCCUUCAUCACAUCAGAGCAUUGGUUUCAAUAACUCCAUUAAUCAUUCAACACAAAACUACCACUCAAUGAGCAAGAGUAGUAGCUCCGUUGGGAUGGUGAGCUUUCCUUUCCCUGGGAAACAGGUAAACUCUCUGCAUGUGCAAUCAGGGAACCAGAGAGGUUGGGAGGACUACCAGAUAUCUGAACAAUUAAAACUGUACCAGGGGCAACCUCAGCAACUCCAGAGUGGAAACCAACAAUCUGUUGAACUGCCUCAGCGGCAUGAAGGACAGUCUCUGUGGGAAGGCCAUUUUUUUGUGUGAUAUGGAUACAGGAGAUUAGAUGUUGGCUGCUCAAGCUUUUCCAGGUUGUUAACAGUUACAGUGGCGAUGUCCAGCGGCCUGUUGCUAUGACGUUCAACCAUCAUAUUUGCAGUGUCGCCAAGGUUAAUUAAGUUUUCUCGCAGCAUGGAUGGUCUUGGAGUGUUGCGGGCACUUGCUGUUGAGCAGCUUGUGCCUAGCUCUUCAGACUGGACAAGUCAGACUCAGGUCAGUAGGUGCAGGGGUUGGGAGCUUUGGAAGUAAGAACCUUGCCUGUUUGGAUGGUGCACGGUUGGUAUGUCAGAUUUUGGUGGAUUGCUGGUUGGUGUCAAUGAGUGAGAAGCUAGUCUACCUAUCUUAUAGGAGAUCUCUCUUACCAAGUUCUGCUACAUGCGAUGGUGAGCAGUUUCCAAAUAUUAAAUGUGUAAGUGGAUGUCUUGGCAGCAGUUAACAUGUCUGCCUGAAAAUUCUUCAAUGGGAUUUUGCAUGAGAUCGCGGAGGAGUAGUUAUCAGGGGCUAACUAUGGAUGUUUUAUGGAAAUAAGUUUGUGAUUAUGUAUGCAUAUGGUUAUCUCAACUUUUGAUUUGUUUCAAUGUCAACUAGUGGCAAUAUCCUGUCAUGUAUGUUAUUUAAAUUUGUUGUGCUUGUGAUCCAGUAACAGAUUGUUGUUGGAUAAUUGGUGUUUGGUCAUCUGUAUCUUGGUAUGGCAUUUUCCCAAGCUGAGAAUGCCCAAACCUUUUGUUUCGCUAGGCACCCUGCUGUAUUUGUUUCCACUAUGUGCAUCAUGCCUUUUCGUUCUUCAA